AGCAGCUAAACGUUUUAGCACUGUGCCUGGCCCUCACCAGACCACUUCUCUUCGAAUUGGGACCACAAAGAAGAAUAAGAGAUUAUCAUAGUCAACGGACUGGGAGCAAAGUGUGACAUUGGGCUUCCCCUUUGUUUGAACACGACUGAUUGGCAGGUUUUGCACUUUAGCAGGGUUUUAACACCACCACUUUGGUUUGGGCAAUCCGACGGGGUUAGCCACAUGGUGGGGAUAUCGAUAAGGCCGUCCGGCCUGUUCAGCGUGUUUCGUCCACGCGUUCCAGAUGCCAAGAGCCCUGAGCACGUGCAGCGGUCAUUGCUCUUCUUUGGGGUGCUCGUUCACAUCGACGAUAUCAAGCACAAUCUGGGGCCAAAAUGGGGGCCCUUCGCCGAGGAGCUGCGCAUACGGCUGGAGCCCAUAACCCUGACCCCCCAUACCGAGAUCUCAGACACAAUGCUCUACAAUGCGACGGACGAGAUCAUAGAUCAGACAAAGAGCUGGAAGGAGGCGGACGAAGUCAUGUGCUACUUGAAGAAAGUCUCAGGAACGAUCGUGGCGAACGUUGCGGUGCCCACUGACUGGCGAGUCAAAGCGGACCUCCUCGCGACGUUUCACCGGAUGUAUGACCGUUUGCAAAGGGAGGGAGUGAAGACCGAGAACACUUACGUGGAAGGGGUGUCGUCGUCCCAAGGGUUCAUGGAGGUGCCCGUAUGGUUCGGGACGUGCCGAAUGCCGAGCGGGAGCCAGUCGUCGGAAGCAUACUUUGGAACGGAGCGAGCGGACGAAGUCACGGUGGGCGUCACGCGGGUAUCGAUUCCCGACACCGACAACGUCGCGCAGAUGCACUCGACGCUCCCCUACCUGUGGUUCCAUGACAAUUUCCGCCCCGUCAAAAGCAAACGCAGCGUUGUUUUGAUGAAGUGCAUCGGGAUGAACGACUACAUUUUGAGGCAUCACAUGUCUCGCUAUCAGAUCCACAUGCAGCAGCACGCGCACGGGCACGGGGUCGCUGCGAGAGAGUCGUGCAUUUACGUGCACGGGUUCAACUCCAAGUUUGUCCACGCGGCCAGGAAGAUGGCGCUCUGCGGGUACAAGAUGCACGUCGACGCGCCGCUCUUCAUGUUCAGCUGGCCGUCCUAUCAGGCCGUCGAUCGUUACAAUGCGGACGAGGGAAACGCGAUGUGGGCCGUCCCGCACUUCGUGGACUUCUUGACACGUGUUCUCACGGAGUUCAAGCUGGAGAAAGUGCACCUGAUUGGUCACAGCAUGGGCAGCCGCGUGAUCUUGUAUGCGCUCGCGCGUCUUCGCCCCGACCUCCUCCCCGAGGGCUCCGCCAAGCUGGGCCGCCUCGUGCUCGCGGCACCCGACUUCGACCUGGGGGAGUUCUACCUCAUGCAAAAAGACCUGAGCCAAAUGCUGGAACAAAUCAACAUCUACUCGUCCGCCAACGAUCAGGCCCUGCAUGUCUCGAAGCGGAUCCACGGGGGCCACCCCCGCCUAGGCGAGUUUCCAAGCAACCCCGGAACAAGGCCCUGGCACUUACCCUUCGCCGAAACCGUCGAUCUAAUCGACGCGACCGGGCUCGACCGAAGCGUCAUCGGGCACGGUUACGUGUUCUCUCACGCGGGGGUUCUGCAGGACGCGUGCGAGUUCCUGCGUGACGGAAUUCCGGCGGAACGGCGGCCGACGCUGCGGGCGACGGCGCUCCCGGGGGGGUUCCGGUACUACACGUUCCAGGGCGUGUCGGAGGCCCCCUCAGCGAUCGAGACGGAGAUGGGGGACAUGGAGGAGUCGCUGGAUGGGGACGAGGACGAGUGACGUGGGCGGGUUUGUGAAUAGCGUAAGGGAUGUGUACAGCGGUCGGGAUAGCAGUGCGCAAAUGCGCAAUAAAGCGGACAGAAUGAGUGUCAUUGCUGAGAAUCUUUUUGCCGUUGGGAUGGGCGAGAGGCUGGCAACCAAGGAGCGUGUUAGAGGAGAUUGAUUGAGUGAAGGAUCUGGUGAUUGAAUGAUCUGACAAGUUUGUGCAAGUGUUGAGUGGGAUGCUCUAGGUUUCACGCCACGGAGGCAAGCAGUCAGGCUGUGCAACAAUUGCCAAGGCGGGCAUGCAGUCUUAGACGUCGUGCUUAGCAAAUCGAAGUCAGAAAUGUGCGAUAGCGUGACAUCUGUGUGGACAAGCCCUGUACACUUCCUUAGUGAUUGCUGAGCGGCAGCUUCACAAAGAGUAUCGUAUAUAGUGUCGAAGAUCUGGACACUUAGCAAAUCACUAAUAGCCGCGAGGAUGCACAGUCCGCCUAAGCUUUCAAUCACCCAUCAAUUCCAGCACAUCUACAUGGUGCCAGCGUGGCAUGUGCAGACAGAGUCCGAACUGGCACAU